AUGGUUUGCAUAGAGGGCCUUGAGCCAAAGCUGGACCCGGAGGAGACGGAACCGAAGAUGCUCGAGGAUGCGAGCUCCUCCACAUGCAACUUCCUCAUCCAUGUGGCCCUGCUGUGCGUCACUCCUUUUAUCUUAAAGAAACUGAAAUUCAGUGGGUGGGAAGAGACAGACUGCAACACACUCCAAGGAUUAGAAAAAGACUGUUUAAUGCACACGGUGCUGUCCCAGCGGAGUCACCUCCAAAGGCUGAGCCCCGAGCCCGGCUUCCAGCGCCUUUGA